AUCUACACUGAUCAUCAGGUCACUGAUGAUCAGUGUAGCCCCAACAGUGCCACCUGUCACCAUCAGUGCCAGCUGUCAGUGCUCAUCAAUGCCACCUGCCAGUGCCCAUCAGUGCCACAUCAAUGACACAUAUCAGUGCCAGUCAGUGCCACCUGUCAAUGCCAUCAGUGCCGCCUAUCAGUGCCAUCAGUGCCACCUAUCAGUGCAGCCUAUCAGUGUCAUAUAUGAGUGCUGCCUUUCAGUGCCCAUCAGUGAUGCCUGUCAAUUCCCAUCGGUGCCACCUACCAGUGCCUCCUCAUCAGUGCCCAUCAGUGCCACCUAUCAGUGUCCAUCAGUGCAGCCUAUCAGUGCCCAUCACUGCAGCCUCAUUAUCGCACAUCAGUGA